UAGAUGAGUUGCCUUACAGGUGUUGUAACAACACAUUCAUUGGGAGCGGGGUAGCAACAGCUUGUAUAUAUAGUGAAAAUAUAUAUUUAGAUUAAAUACUUUUUUAAAUGUACUCACUAUAUUUCAGUGACCACGGACUUGUUUCACUUGUCUUCUACAAGUUUGAAGUGAUCACUGAGGCUCUUUUUCUACACGAUUCCUGAAGUGCGACGGAGGAGUCUUCAUGUCUUAGGAAUGGAACAUUUAAACUCCCAUUCUGAACUGAAGAUGAUGUAAUCAAGGAAACUGAUCCAAAAAUGAGUAACAUCACCCUCCCAAAACCUGAUGAGGACUCAGAUGCCACAGGUGUGGAUCAUCAGGACUUGGUCUCACCUGGUCCCAGCAGUGAUUCCAGGGAAAACAGUUCUUCCCAAAUUUCUGCCACUGGUGUAAUUAUACACCGAAGGACCCCGAUUAAGAGGCCUGUCUCACCCACUUUCAGCGUGUGUUCUAUGAAAAGUGAACAGUCAAUAGACAUGCCUCCAACUGUGAGUGAGGGAAACAUCUCUCCUUCAAGCUCUUUCAGCAGUCUUUCUGAAGAAUCUGGCAUCAGAAACAGAAACAUCUUGUCUGGAGAUGUGGCAUGUGAUGCGUGCACUGAGAAGAUGGAAAGAGCUGUGAAGUUCUGCCUGACCUGCAGCGUGUCCUACUGUGAGGCUCAUGUCCGACAGCACUACACUGUACCAGCACUGCAGAGGCACGUCUUGGAGGAGCCCAGAAAACACAAGGAGGAGAGGGGGAAAAUUCAGACAAUGAGAGGAACAGGCACUGAGACCCAAACACUGCAGGGGAAGAUGCAGUGGGAAAGUCAGACAAAGAGCAGAUCAUAUACUCGUCAACAGAUUCUCUGUGUUUUCUUCCUAGCUGUCAUCACAAUUGUCCUUUUCUAUGUGUUCUGUCCUUGGAUUAUUUAUGAUAUAUUUUCUUUACCAGAAUGCGAGACUACAAGUCAGACUCUCCUGAUUUUGGGAAGAAUUUUUUUGAUGCUCCUCUUCUUCCUACUGCUUCUUGUGCUGAUUGUGUACAAUAUUUUUUCUCCCAAAGGUCCUGGACUGGGACUCUGUGACAUCGGGAUUGUGCUGCUGGGCACAGAAGGAGCAGGAAAGAGCGCCGCCGGAAAUACCAUCCUGGGGAAAGAGGUGUUUGAGGAGUAUUUCUCACUGGAGCCAAUAACUAAAACCCUACAGCUACAGACUGGUGUGAUGGAAGGAAGAAAAAUCACAGUGAUUGACACUCCAAGGAUGUUUGACGCAUCAUUCUUUAAUGAAAGAGUGAAACGUAAGGUUAUGGAGAGCAAUAUUCAUGUCUUCCUCUUGGUUAUCAGAUUGGGAAGAUUCUCAGAGCAGGACGAGAAGGCAGUGGAACAGAUCCAGGAGAAUUUUGGAGAAGAAGCUUUGAAGUACACAAUGGUGCUCUUCACUGGAGGAGAUCAGCUGGAUAAACCAAUAAAUAAGAUCCUGACUUCUAGUUGUAAAUAUUCCAAUCUCAUUGACAAGUGUGGCGGUAGAUACCAUGUGUUCAACAGUAAAAAGAAGAGGAACCGCACUCAGGUUACUGAGUUACUGACUAAAAUAGAAGCCAUGGUGGAGAAAAAUGGGCGUUAUUAUAUAAAGAGUUCCUAGAGAGGAAGAAAUUCGGCGUUGGUCACUGGACUAAACAGAGGGAGGCUGUGGAACAUGCGGAGUAUAAAAGAUACUUUGUUGAAUGAGGAACUGAGGAGGGACACAAUGUGUGAUAUUUUACAAAAAAAUAUUCAAAAAUGUGUAGUAAAAGUUCACAGAAGGUAGGAAUAUGCUAUAUUUUACUGGCAUGACCAUUGCGGAGUUUGCAGGUUCUCACCAUGUCUGUAUGGGUUUCCUCUCGGUCCUCCGGUUCCCUCCUACAGCCCAAAAGACAGGCUGUUCAGGUUCACCCAUAGUG